UUUGCCUGCGUGUGACCUGGACUGGUUGGAAACGAUGACUGAUCUCGAACUUUUCUCAUUAUUUUGUAUGUUUACCGUACGCUUUCCAUCGCCGAAUUGAAACUUUACAACUAGAGUCCUCGUCUUAGUUUUUUUAAUAUUCACCUUCCGGCAUGUGAUUAAUUAAACGUUUUAAUACAACUUCGGCGGUUAGAGUUAAGGGGGGCAAAGUGCUGAAAUCGAGAAAGAUCCUUAUGAUGGUUGAGAAUGGCGGAUUCGGAGCCACUGCAGAAAGGGCACAUGAGGAGCGUGAGUGCUGGAGGGAUGACACCCCUUCCGCAAAGGCCCUCAGCCCUUCGCAAGGGUCAUCAGAGGGCCUUUUCGCACGGUCAGAUUGGGGCAGAAGACGCGGGCUUUGUGAAGGGUCACAGUCGUGUCAGCUCGAGGACGGAGUUCAUCCUCCCUCCUGGCCACAGGGAAUCGUCGGAACAAGGGCACAAACCCGGUCAUGCAAGGCAGUCUUCGAGAACUGAGUCGAUUUACACUUUACGACAAAAUGCUCCACCAUCAAAAAUGGACCUUCUCAUAUCUUUUAUACUGCGCAAAAAAACUAAAUCCGAAUUGGAGACUAGGGCGAGGACUGUCGUACCAAAUCAUAUACUUCCUCCGCGUGUUCGGACCAGUCCCGGUGACAAUAAAAUAAGGACCACGAAAUACACAGUGUUCAAUUUUCUCUUUAAGAAUCUUAUAAAACAAUUUCACAGGGUUGCCAAUUUAUAUUUUAUUUUUAUAGUGUUGUUAAACUGGGUGCCUUCGAUAAACGCUUUCGGUAAAGAAAUCGCAUUGAUACCGGUGCUAUUUAUUCUCGGUGUAACGUGUAUUAAAGAUCUAUUCGAAGAUAAAAGAAGAUGGGCGAGCGACAAGAGGAUAAACAAUUCAACGUGCAGAGUCUACAACGGGGAAGAGGAACGAUACAAAAAAGUCUAUUGGAAAGACCUGAGGGUUGGUGAUAUUGUACACUUGAGCAACAAUGAGGUUGUCCCUGCUGACAUCUUGCUUCUCAGGUCUUCUGAAGUACAUGGGACAUGCUACCUAGACACUUGCAACCUUGAUGGGGAGAGUAAUCUUAAAUUACGAAAUGUUCCUCAGGCUCUCCUAGAACAAACUUUCAAGCCAAGUGACUUCAGAAGUGUGCUCGAAGUGGAUCCUCCAACCACAAAAUUGUAUCAUUUUCAUGGUGCCAUAGUUCAUCCUUGUGGUGGAAGAAUUCCCGUUACAACAGAUCACUUAUUGCUCAGAGAUUCAGUCAUAAAAAAUACAGAUUUUGUUGAAGGAAUUGUUAUUUAUGCAGGACAUGAGACUAAAGCAAUGCUGAACAAUUCUGGAACUCGCAAUAAAACAUCAUCUUUAGAAAAGCAAAUGAACAUUGAUGUACUUUGGUGUUUGGCCAUACUUCUUGUUCUAUGUGCUUUAGGAUCAAUAGGCGCAAAAUCUUGGUUAGAUACUUUUGAAGACCCAAACCAAGUCAUUUUUAUCAUAUUAAGUUCCACGACGGCUUUUGAAGCCUGGCUCACUUUUUGGACUUUCAUCAUAAUCCUGCAGGUUAUGAUUCCGCUCUCCCUAUAUGUUACGAUAGAAAUGACAAAGAUGCUUCAAGUUUACCAUAUAAACAAUAAUCAUGAUUUGUAUGAUGCCGAGACCAAUAGAAGAAUUGAAUGUAGAGCUCUUAACAUAACAGAAGAAUUGGGUCAGGUCGAGUAUAUAUUCUCCGAUAAGACAGGAACAUUGACUGAAAAUAAAAUGGUCUUUCGAAGAUGUUCAAUAGGCGGAGUUGAUUACAAUCACCCUUCAGCAAAGGCAACAAAGGGUGAAAGUUUAAGCAUGCAGUUGACCCCACAUCCAAAACUGUUAGCACAUUUGCAAAGGGGUAGUAAUCCUGAAUCUGAUCAUGUUCGAGAAUUUCUUUUGGCUUUAGCAUUGUGCAAUACCGUAGUUGUUGCAAAUCAUCCCCAUCAUGACAUUAUGAACUCAAGUGGAGUGAUAGAGGGAGACGUACCCUCAGUAAAAAAACACCAUGUUGCUGAAACUCCAGUAGGGGAUCAAUACAGGAGGCUUGUAGAGGAGCGAAGUAUUACCCCGUCUCCGACACCUGAAGAAAAUCCAUUUCCAUUCUCUGUAGAAGACAUGAGGCAUAGCUCAUGCAGAGCCAGAAUAAGGCCCACUCUUUCUCCAAUAUCAUCUUCCGGUGAAAAUUCUCCCACAGCCUUACCCAAGUCUGCACUGAGUAGGCCUAAACUCCUCAAUGUGCCAUCGAUGUCACUGUUUUUCACUGACAAAAAUAUUAAGAAUGGAGCUUCUCCAAAAACACCAACAUCAAAACCAAUAUUUGAAGCGGAGAGUCCUGAUGAAUUAGCACUUGUGCAAAUGGCGUUCAUUUACAACUGCCGUCUUGUUAGAAGGUUUCCAACAAAAGCAAUUGUGUCAUUGCCAGGUGAAUGUAUUGCUGAAUUUGAAAUUUUAAGAGUACUGCCUUUUGACUCUAAUCGUAAAUGUAUGUCGGUCAUCGUAAGAAAGCCUUUUACCAAUGAAAUUGUAGUAUACACCAAGGGUGCCGAUUCUUCAAUUUACUCUAGAUUGGUGAAUCCAUCUUUAGAAACAAAAACACAAGACCACAUAGCCAGUUAUUCCAGCCAAGGAUUGCGAGUGUUAGCGGUCGCUUGUAGAACAAUACCAGAAGAAAAAUGGCCUGCAAUUAAAAAAGAACUGGAUUCAUCCAUUGGCAUGUCUCUAGUUGCUACUAAGCACGCUUACUCAUUGGUCGAAACUGAUCUCACUUUGCUAGGUGCUACUGGAAUUGAAGAUAGAUUGCAGCCUGGUGUCCCAGAGACCUUAAAAUGCCUUAGGUCAGCAGGCAUUGUCGUGUGGCUUCUCACAGGGGACAAAGUUGAAACUGCUACAAAUGUCGCCUUAGCAUCUGGCCUUUUUUCGCCUAAAACAGAAAUGCUUAGGCUAGCAGCAAAAUCAAAACCUUCUGCUGAGACCGCUUUACAUUUUUUCAAGGAUGAUAUUGCAAGAGGAUCCUGUGCUUCUACUUCAUCCAGAUCGUUCAAACAAAAGCAGAAAGCCAUUAUAAUUGAUGGAAAAACAUUAACGUUUAUUUUAGACCCCAGGUCAGGUUUGACUCAACCUUUCUUAGAUUUGACCAAAUAUUGUACAGCAGUGCUCUGUUGUCGAGUGACACCAUUACAAAAGGCUUAUAUAGUAAAAGUAGUCAAAGAACAAUUACACAUGAAGACUUUAGCUAUCGGUGAUGGGGCAAAUGAUGUAUCGAUGAUACAAGCAGCAGAUGUUGGUAUUGGAAUUUCAGGCCAGGAAGGGAUGCAAGCAGUCAUGGCAUCAGAUUUUGCUAUUGCAAAAUUUAAAUAUUUAAAACAUUUGAUGCUUGUCCAUGGCCAUUGGGCAUAUUACAGGCUUACAAAUAUGAUCCUUUAUUUCCUAUACAAAAAUUGUACAUUCGUAUUCUUAAUAUUUUGGUACCAGAUCUACUGUGGAUUUUCUGGGACAGUCAUGAUUGAUCCUAUGUUUCAUAUGCUUUAUAAUUUAAUUUUUACUGCACUUCCACCAAUUGCCAUGGGUGUUUAUGACCAAGAUGCACCAGCUAAUGUAUUACUGUCAAGACCAAAUUUAUAUGAAUACGGACGAUUAGGAAAAGCUUAUCGCCCUUAUUCUUUUUGGAUAAUUCUGUUAGACUCAAUAUACCAAAGCCUGGCUAUUUUUUUUAUUGCAGUUGGGGUUUAUACUGGAAGUGAGAUAGGCCUUUGGGAGUUUGGUUCGACAAUAACAAGUUCUUGCAUGUUUGCCAUGUUAGGCCAAGUUUCACUUGAGACUAAAUCUUGGACACUACUGCACGUUGCCUCACUCGUGAUUUCCAUUGGAGCUUAUUAUCUCUUCUUCAUAUUGUACAAUUUUGUAUGUAUGCAAUGUAUAGGGCUGUCCAGCAACACAUGGGUCAUGAAAACAACAAUUGGAGACCAGUCUUAUUACCUCAUUAUUAUUCUUUCCACAGUUACUGCUCUAAUACCAAGAUUCAUUUGGCUUUGUUUGAAAACCAUGAUUUGGCCAAAUGAAGUUACAAGAGCAGUAAUUGAGACGAGGAAGGCCACCAAAAGAGGUAAUCAUUUCCUUGUGUCAUGGUCAAGAUCUACAUCAACAUCUUCCAUUUAUCGUGGUCCUGAUGGAAACAAAACAACACCGGUCACAAUGUCGACUCUUACAGCAGUUGGAUGACAUUUUCCAACUCAAAAAUACAAAUUCUAAUUUUGUCAAUUAGUAAAAGAAAUAGUUAUAUUUUGUACUGUUUAUGUAUUAAUUAGAUAUGACCAACUUCAAUAAAAUAUUAUUGAGUUUCUAAAGCCAUGUUGUUACUUACAGAUGAGUAUUUUUUGAAAAGAUAUGAUAUAGUUGCGAGAAAUUGUGAAAGAUAAUCAUCGUUUAUAAUUGUUUAAGAAAGCUGAUAUCUGAUAAGUACUUACAGAACUCUAGUUGUGAAAUUGUCAAUUCUUUGGGAGUGUAUUAUGAUAAAUAAAUGUUGAUUAUUAGCAUAUAAUUGUUUGUAUAGCAUUGAAGGAGAACCACAAAAUGUUAAAAUAAUGAAUUAUUAAGAAAGUAUUAUUUAUUUAUAUACUGUUGAGUCUUGCCAAAAUUUAUUUGAUUACACCUCAUAUUUUGAAAGAGGUAAUUUGUUCUUAGUUUUAUUUAGGACAAAACUCUUUAGGAAAGGGAUGUAUAAUAUUAAUAAAGUAUUUUUUUAACAAUAGACCUUUGUCUAGUAUUUAGAAAAAAAUAUUUCAGUUUUAAUUAGACCUUUGGACAUAUCAAUAUUUUGUUAAUUUCUUAAAAUUUAACUAUUGUUAGAUGCUAAUAUCUUAUUUGUCAUUUAUUUUAGGUGUUCGGCAAUUUGUACAAGAUUUAGUAAACUUAUUUUAUAUUAAAUUUGUAAAAUUACGAUGAAUGACUUAGUUUUGAAUAUUUGUUGUCAGAGAAUUUUUUUUUACCCCUAAGUUUUUAAGUUGAUACAGGGACCAUAUUUAUACUUAAGAAACCAUUCCAAAUUUGUCUUUAUUAAUUAUUAUUGUUUUUAAAUUGUACUUAUUUUUUAAAUAAAACAAUGUAUGUGAUUUGUAGUUUCCCAGCAAUUGUUUAUGUCAAGCACAUAAACCUAAAUAAUGUAGGUUUUCUCUUUUGUAAAAUUGGUUGAUUUUAUAUUAAAAUGUUAUAAUGUUUAUUAUAUUGAACAACUGAAAUCAAA